UGGACGGACGUCGGACAACAAACAAGCCAAACGGACAAACAAACCAGCAUCUCAUGGAACGUAAACACGACAGAUUUAAAAAAUAAGCCAAUAGCGUGCGCCGGCGCAGCGUCAUCAUCAUUGUUUACCACCGGGCCCGACCGUUUUCAUGAUAAUCUGAUCAGUUGAGAAUUUAAGAUUCCCUCGUUUUCGCGUUUGACGUGUUUUUAGCGUUUCGACUCGUCCGGGUGGUUUUGUGGCCGGUCGCUCAGUACCUACAUCUUUAGCAAAACAUUUUUCUUCUUUGGACGCACAGUUGCUCAGAUUGCCAUGUUAACUAGAAGAUCAAGGAAAGAAGGGGUCGCUUCACCAAGCGAUGCUGAAAUACCCUCAAGACCUAAAAGAUCAGCAACUCCAUCUAAAACUCAAAAACCAGUCGCCCGUCGUCGUAGCAAAAGCAAAUCUGUAGAGAGGAAAAUAAGGACUCGAUCCAGAUCGGCUAAUAAGACUGGAAGUCCUCGAGUGGUUCUAGAACGUUAUGAUCCUAAAAAAGAAAACCCGUCUAAUAAAAAAAAAGAAAUGAAAAAUAAUAAGGCUAUUCAACCUGUUGAUUCAAAAUCAAGAAAGAGCCCAACACCUGUUAAAGAAGUUAACUCAAAAAGUAGUCCUGAUACGUAUAAUGUAAACGACAAAAUAUCCGCAACAUCAUCCAGAUCAAGAUUGGAUUACAAUGAAGAAUCUGACGAUGAACCGAAAUUACUAAAUACAACAAUCAAAACUUAUCCUGUAGAAUUUGGAGGAUCAUUUGGCAAUAUCAUGUUGACCAUAUUAUUACCAAUGUUGAUUAUCCUCGUCAAAAUUGCUAUAAAAACUAAAGGAAAUUUAAUACCUUUUCCUCGUGGUUAUUUAAGGUUAGCAAACUAUUAUGAUCAAGAAGUGUUUAUAUGGACUGCUGCUAUUGUGUUUCUUCAAUUGUUGAUAUCACUUGUACCUUUAGCAAAAAAAUCUAAAUCAUUACUUAAUGAUGAUUUUAAGGUCAUCUACUACAGAUUUUCUGGAUUUUUAAAUUUAAUUAUAGCUGCUUUGAUUAUUUGGGCAAUGGAUUAUUAUAAGUGCCCGAUAAAUUUUAUUUUAGAGAUUGUGACUAAAAAGACUGUACCUCAUAUUGUAGCAUCAGUUUUAUACGCAUUGAUUUUUUCCAUAAUUUUGUUUGUAAAAGCCAAGUACUUAAAUCAAACUGAUGAUUGUUCUUCUUUUAAUUUUGUACAAAAAUUGUUUAUUGGAACAACAAUUAAUCCUACAUUGGGGCCUAUUAAUAUUAAAUUGGCUUUGUGUAGAUAUUCUUCAUUGAUGACUAUUUUAUUCAAUUACCUUGUGAUCAUGAACUCUCUUAAAAAUCCAGUUAAUAUUCAUCUUUAUUUUGUUGCUGGACUGCAAAUAUUUCAUGCUAUGGAUAAAUUGAUUUUUGAAUUUAAUUUAUUGUCUUCAUUUUAUUUACAAAAAGAAAAAGAUGGAUAUUGGACUAUCAUUCAACAAUUUUUACAACCGAUCAUCAAUUUCUUACCCAUUCAAAUUUUACUUGCGAACAAUUUGCCUGUAAAUUAUAUCAUUUUGAGUAUUUCAUCAUUUUUCUUUUUAUUGGGCUAUAUCUCUCAACGAUACAGUGAUUUUACUAAAUAUCAGUAUGAAAGUAACUUGCCAUUUGUCUAUAGAUCUUCGUAUGUGAGAACUAUUGUACAUGGUCUUUAUUCAUACGUGAGGUAUCCUAAUUACCUAGGGACCAUAAUUGUACAUUUAGCCUUAAUCUUGCCAAUAUUUGAACCUAAUUUUGGCAGUUUACAAGCAUCUUGGCCAGUACUUUUUUAUCCUUUAUAUUACAUAAUUACUUUGUCCCAUCAAUGUGUGCGUAUUUCUACCUACUACCGUUUACAGUAUGGUAAUGCGUGGGAUCUCCAUUAUACAGCUAAAUGGAAUUUAAUACCAAAAAUAUUUUGAAUUAAUUUUUUUCUUUAGAUAUAAGUCAUAUUUUGUCAAAAUUUGUGUUAGAUUUUAAGUUAAAUUGAUUUGUUUUUAUUUGUAUACUUGAUUUAUAUACAUGUCUUAGUAAUUGAAGGAAUCCUAAUUUUGACUCCAUUUUCUGACUUAAAUUAUUAAACUAAUAGGAAUAAUAUAUAUAUUUAUUAUUUGUAUUAUGAUUAUUAUUCCAUGUUUUUAAUAAAUAUA